AUGUGCAACCGAAGCCGAAAGGAAAUAUCAGGAGAAGAGGCGAGAAUAUUUCAGUUCGACCACGUGUUCUGGUCUGUGGAGACGCCGGACGCGUGCGGCGCGACCCCUGCGACGCAGGCAGACGUAUUCCGAACGAUCGGGUACCCGCUGGUGCAGCACGCGUUCGAUGGGUUCAACUCGUGCUUGUUUGCGUACGGGCAGACAGGGAGCGGGAAGACGUACACGAUGAUGGGUGCGGACGUGAGCGCGCUUGGCGGUGAGGGCAGCGGCGUGACGCCGCGGAUCUGCCUGGAGAUCUUUGCGCGGAAGGCGAGCGUGGAGGCGCAGGGGCACUCGCGGUGGAUCGUGGAGCUCGGGUACGUGGAAGUGUACAACGAGCGCGUGUCGGACCUGCUUGGGAAGCGGAAGAAGGGCGUGAAGGGCGGCAGCGAGGAGGUGCACGUGGACGUGCGCGAGCACCCGAGCCGCGGCGUGUUCCUGGAGGGUCAGCGGCUGGUGGAGGUUGGGAGCUUGGACGAUGUUGUGCGGCUGAUCGAGGUCGGCAACGGCGUGCGGCACACCGCUGCGACGAAGAUGAACGACCGGAGCAGCCGGAGCCACGCGAUCAUCAUGCUGCUGCUGCGCGAGGAGCGGACGAUGACGACGAAGAGCGGGGAGACGAUCCGUACUGCCGGCAAGAGCAGCCGCAUGAAUCUUGUGGACCUUGCGGGGUCUGAGCGCGUGGCGCAGUCGCAGGUGGAGGGGCAGCAGUUCAAGGAGGCAACGCACAUCAACCUGUCUCUGACGACGCUCGGGCGCGUGAUCGACGUGCUCGCGGACAUGGCGAAGAAGGGUGCGAAGGCGCAGUACAGCGUUGCGCCGUUCCGCGACUCGAAGCUGACGUUCAUCCUGAAGGACUCGCUUGGCGGGAACUCGAAGACGUUCAUGAUUGCGACUGUGAGCCCGAGCGCGCUGAACUACGAGGAGACGCUGAGCACGCUGCGGUACGCGUCGCGCGCGCGCGACAUUGUGAAUGUUGCGCAGGUGAACGAGGACCCGCGCGCACGGCGGAUCCGCGAGCUGGAGGAGCAGAUGGAGGACAUGCGGCAGGCGAUGGCUGGCGGCGAUCCCGCGUACGUCUCUGAGCUGGAGGAGAAGCUUGCGCUGCUGGAGUCGGAGGCGCAGAAGCGUGCGGCGGACCUGCAGGCGCUAGAGCGGGAGCGGGAGAAGAAUGAAAUCCGCGACUUGAUGCUUAAAGCGACGGAGGCGGAAAGACUUGAGCUGCUGGAAAGGGCGGAUGCACUGGAGCAGGAAGUAGCUGAUAGUCGUGCUCAGGCCGAACGGAUGGAGCUGGAGAACAAGCGGAUGCUUGCUCUUCAGCGCGAGAAAGAGGCUCUCCUGCGUGCUCGCGAGGCGUCACUGGAAAAACACUGUCAAGAGAUGCGCCGGCGAGAGUGCUCUAUGGCGCAUCACAGAGAUGAGUGGCAAGUUACCAUCGAGGAGGAGCGGUGGCAGCAGAAGACGGUGCUCGUACAGCUAAUGGAAGCGGAUGCACGCAACUUUCACAUGGGCAGCUUUCUAGAAGCCUACGUGUCGGAGGUGCGUCAGUGUUGGUGCGCGACGUUGAACAGCGCCCUUCUACAAUGCCGUCAGGGGGCGGAUGCAUCCAAAGCGAGAGUGGACCGGCUGACUGCAAUAUCUUGCGAGCUUCAGUCUCAGUUGGCGGACCUUAAAAAUGAGCUGCGAGAGGCACAUAAGGCGCUGGCUGAGGCUCAGGCGAAGGCGGCGCAGCUAUCCACGGACGCCACUGCAGCAGCGACGCAAUACACUACUCAACUCACCGACGCGAACAAGCAGCUCCAUCAGCUACGGCAAGAUUUGGAAGAUGCUGCUCGAGAAAACAACACUCUUCGCACUCAGCUUGACGAAACCACGAAAAAUCUCGACACUGAGCAUGCUGCCAUGACGGAAUCAAAGCAGAGUGCUGAUGAGCUACGUCGCCAAGUGGACAGCGCCGCUGCCGCCGCCGCUCAGUUGCAGGCUGAAAACCGCGCGAGCGACGCCGCGCUAAAGGUCGCCACCGACGAGAACGCGAUGCUCACCGGUCGCCUAACACAGCUGCUGGACGAACAAAAACUCCUCUGUGAAUCACUCCAGAGGCAGCAGGAGGCGGCGGCUGAGCUCGCACGCUUCGACGAGCGCUGGUCCUUUCCGGACCUCCACGAUGCAACCACGACCUCAACACAUAUGAAGGAGUUCCCGCAUCAGGAGUGGAGUAUCGUAGUGCAAAACAAAUCGCAAGAGCUCCACCGAGUCUUUCGCGACGAAGCCGCCCUUGCGUGUCGCGUUCGCCCACGUCACAUCACCAAUCUCCAUUUUGAGCUCGGCAGCCUUCGCGCAACGUUCACCGUUCAACACUCCCAAACCAUCUCUGCAAAAGACAUCGAGCACCGGUUGAAUAACUACCAAUUCCGAGCAAUGCAAGAACUCUAUGAUCAGCGCCACAAGCCUCCCGACGGACUCGAUGCCCUCGCCUUGGAGAACGCCAGACUCCAAACCGACCGCGACAAAGACCGCCGCGACAUUAUCGAAGCGCACGCGGAGAAGGAGCGUCUGCAGAGCGAGCUGGAGGAGAAGGGCUCGGAGGCGGAGGCCGCCAAGGCGGACAACGAGGCGCUGCGCGGCGAGCUGGAGGAGGCGCACGCGGAGAAGGAGCGUCUGCAGGGCGAGCUGGAGGAGAAGGGCUCGGAGGCGGAGGCCGCCAAGGCGGACAACGAGGCGCUGCGCGGCGAGCUGGAGGAGGCGCACGCGGAGAAGGAGCGUCUGCAGAGCGAGCUGGAGGAGAAGGGCUCGGAGGCGGAGGCCGCCAAGGCGGACAACGAGGCGCUGCGCGGCGAGCUGGAGGAGGCGCACGCGGAGAAGGAGCGUCUGCAGGGCGAGCUGGAGGAGAAGGGCUCGGAGGCGGAGGCCGCCCAGGCGGACAACGAGACGCUGCGCGGCGAGCUGGAGGAGGCGCACGCGGAGAAGGAGCGUCUGCAGGGCGAGCUGGAGGAGAAGGGCUCGGAGGCGGAGGCCGCCAAGGCGGACAACGAGACGCUGCGCGGCGAGCUGGAGGAGGCGCACGCGGAGAAGGAGCGUCUGCAGAGCGAGCUGGAGGAGAAGGGCUCGGAGGCGGAGGCCGCCAAGGCGGACAACGAGACUCUGCGCGGCGAGCUGGAGGAGGCGCACGCGGAGAAGGAGCGUCUGCAGAGCGAGCUGGAGGAGAAGGGCUCGGAGGCGGAGGCCGCCAAGGCGGACAACGAGGCGCUGCGCGGCGAGCUGGAGGAGGCGCACGCGGAGAAGGAGCGUCUGCAGAGCGAGCUGGAGGAGAAGGGCUCGGAGGCGGAGGCCGCCAAGGCGGACAACGAGGCGCUGCGCGGCGAGCUGGAGGAGGCGCACGCGGAGAAGGAGCGUCUGCAGGGCGAGCUGGAGGAGAAGGGCUCGGAGGCGGAGGCCGCCAAGGCGGACAACGAGGCGCUGCGCGGCGAGCUGGAGGAGGCGCACGCGGAGAAGGAGCGUCUGCAGGGCGAGCUGGAGGAGAAGGGCUCGGAGGCGGAGGCCGCCCAGGCGGACAACGAGACGCUGCGCGGCGAGCUGGAGGAGGCGCACGCGGAGAAGGAGCGUCUGCAGAGCGAGCUGGAGGAGAAGGGCUCGGAGGCGGAGGCCGCCCAGGCGGACAACGAGGCGCUGCGCGGCGAGCUGGAGGAGGCGCACGCGGAGAAGGAGCGUCUGCAGGGCGAGCUGGAGGAAAAGGGCUCGGAGGCGGAGGCCGCCAAGGCGGACAACGAGACGCUGCGCGGCGAGCUGGAGGAGGCGCACGCGGAGAAGGAGCGUCUGCAGGGCGAGCUGGAGGAGAAGGGCUCGGAGGCGGAGGCCGCCAAGGCGGACAACGAGACGCUGCGCGGCGAGCUGGAGGAGGCGCACGCGGAGAAGGAGCGUCUGCAGAGCGAGCUGGAGGAGAAGGGCUCGGAGGCGGAGGCCGCCAAGGCGGACAACGAGACGCUGCGCGGCGAGCUGGAGGAGGCGCACGCGGAGAAGGAGCGUCUGCAGAGCGAGCUGGAGGAGAAGGGCUCGGAGGCGGAGGCCGCCCAGGCGGACAACGAGACGCUGCGCGGCGAGCUGGAGGAGGCGCACGCGGAGAAGGAGCGUCUGCAGAGCGAGCUGGAGGAGGCGCACGCGGAGAAGGAGCGUCUGCAGAGCGAGCUGGAGGAGGCGCACGCGGAGAAGGAGCGUCUGCAGAGCGAGCUGGAGGAGAAGGGCUCGGAGGCGGAGGCCGCCAAGGCGGACAACGAGACGCUGCGCGGCGAGCUGGAGGAGGCGCACGCGGAGAAGGAGCGUCUGCAGAGCGAGCUGGAGGAGAAGGGCUCGGAGGCGGAGGCCGCCAAGGCGGACAACGAGGCGCUGCGCGGCGAGCUGGAGGAGGCGCACGCGGAGAAGGAGCGUCUGCAGAGCGAGCUGGAGGAGAAGGGCUCGGAGGCGGAGGCCGCCCAGGCGGACAACGAGACGCUGCGCGGCGAGCUGGAGGAGGCGCACGCGGAGAAGGAGCGUCUGCAGAGCGAGCUGGAGGAGGCGCACGCGGAGAAGGAGCGUCUGCAGGGCGAGCUGGAGGAGGCGCACGCGGAGAAGGAGCGUCUGCAGAGCGAGCUGGAGGAGAAGGGCUCGGAGGCGGAGGCCGCCCAGGCGGACAACGAGACGCUGCGCGGCGAGCUGGAGGAGGCGCACGCGGAGAAGGAGCGUCUGCAGAGCGAGCUGGAGGAGGCGCACGCGGAGAAGGAGCGUCUGCAGGGCGAGCUGGAGGAGAAGGGCUCGGAGGCGGAGGCCGCCAAGGCGGACAACGAGACGCUGCGCGGCGAGCUGGAGGAGGCGCACGCGGAGAAGGAGCGUCUGCAGGGCGAGCUGGAGGAGAAGGGCUCGGAGGCGGAGGCCGCCAAGGCGGACAACGAGACGCUGCGCGGCGAGCUGGAGGAGGCGCACGCGGAGAAGGAGCGUCUGCAGAGCGAGCUGGAGGAGAAGGGCUCGGAGGCGGAGGCCGCCCAGGCGGACAACGAGACGCUGCGCGGCGAGCUGGAGGAGGCGCACGCGGAGAAGGAGCGUCUGCAGAGCGAGCUGGAGGAGAAGGGCUCGGAGGCGGAGGCCGCCCAGGCGGACAACGAGGCGCUGCGCGGCGAGCUGGAGGAGGCGCACGCGGAGAAGGAGCGUCUGCAGAGCGAGCUGGAGGAGAAGGGCUCGGAGGCGGAGGCCGCCCAGGCGGACAACGAGGCGCUGCGCGGCGAGCUGGAGGAGGCGCACGCGGAGAAGGAGCGUCUGCAGAGCGAGCUGGAGGAGAAGGGCUCGGAGGCGGAGGCCGCCCAGGCGGACAACGAGACGCUGCGCGGCGAGCUGAGGGAGGCGCACGCGGAGAAGGAGCGUCUGCAGAGCGAGCUGGAGGAGAAGGGCUCGGAGGCGGAGGCCGCCCAGGCGGACAACGAGACGCUGCGCGGCGAGCUGGAGGAGGCGCACGCGGAGAAGGAGCGUCUGCAGGGCGAGCUGGAGGAGAAGGGCUCGGAGGCGGAGGCCGCCAAGGCGGACAACGAGACGCUGCGCGGCGAGCUGGAGGAGGCGCACGCGGAGAAGGAGCGUCUGCAGAGCGAGCUGGAGGAGAAGGGCUCGGAGGCGGAGGCCGCCAAGGCGGACAACGAGGCGCUGCGCGGCGAGCUGGAGGAGGCGCACGCGGAGAAGGAGCGUCUGCAGAGCGAGCUGGAGGAGAAGGGCUCGGAGGCGGAGGCCGCCCAGGCGGACAACGAGACGCUGCGCGGCGAGCUGGAGGAGGCGCACGCGGAGAAGGAGCGUCUGCAGAGCGAGCUGGAGGAGGCGCACGCGGAGAAGGAGCGUCUGCAGGGCGAGCUGGAGGAGGCGCACGCGGAGAAGGAGCGUCUGCAGAGCGAGCUGGAGGAGAAGGGCUCGGAGGCGGAGGCCGCCCAGGCGGACAACGAGACGCUGCGCGGCGAGCUGGAGGAGGCGCACGCGGAGAAGGAGCGUCUGCAGAGCGAGCUGGAGGAGAAGGGCUCGGAGGCGGAGGCCGCCAAGGCGGACAACGAGACGCUGCGCGGCGAGCUGGAGGAGGCGCACGCGGAGAAGGAGCGUCUGCAGAGCGAGCUGGAGGAGAAGGGCUCGGAGGCGGAGGCCGCCCAGGCGGACAACGAGACGCUGCGCGGCGAGCUGGAGGAGGCGCACGCGGAGAAGGAGCGUCUGCAGAGCGAGCUGGAGGAGAAGGGCUCGGAGGCGGAGGCCGCCCAGGCGGACAACGAGACGCUGCGCGGCGAGCUGGAGGAGGCGCACGCGGAGAAGGAGCGUCUGCAGGGCGAGCUGGAGGAGAAGGGCUCGGAGGCGGAGGCCGCCAAGGCGGACAACGAGACGCUGCGCGGCGAGCUGGAGGAGGCGCACGCGGAGAAGGAGCGUCUGCAGAGCGAGCUGGAGGAGAAGGGCUCGGAGGCGGAGGCCGCCAAGGCGGACAACGAGGCGCUGCGCGGCGAGCUGGAGGAGGCGCACGCGGAGAAGGAGCGUCUGCAGAGCGAGCUGGAGGAGAAGGGCUCGGAGGCGGAGGCCGCCCAGGCGGACAACGAGACGCUGCGCGGCGAGCUGGAGGAGGCGCACGCGGAGAAGGAGCGUCUGCAGAGCGAGCUGGAGGAGGCGCACGCGGAGAAGGAGCGUCUGCAGGGCGAGCUGGAGGAGGCGCACGCGGAGAAGGAGCGUCUGCAGAGCGAGCUGGAGGAGAAGGGCUCGGAGGCGGAGGCCGCCCAGGCGGACAACGAGACGCUGCGCGGCGAGCUGGAGGAGGCGCACGCGGAGAAGGAGCGUCUGCAGAGCGAGCUGGAGGAGAAGGGCUCGGAGGCGGAGGCCGCCCAGGCGGACAACGAGGCGCUGCGCGGCGAGCUGGAGGAGGCGCACGCGGAGAAGGAGCGUCUGCAGAGCGAGCUGGAGGAGAAGGGCUCGGAGGCGGAGGCCGCCCAGGCGGACAACGAGGCGCUGCGCGGCGAGCUGGAGGAGGCGCACGCGGAGAAGGAGCGUCUGCAGAGCGAGCUGGAGGAGAAGGGCUCGGAGGCGGAGGCCGCCAAGGCGGACAACGAGGCGCUGCGCGGCGAGCUGGAGGAGGCGCACGCGGAGAAGGAGCGUCUGCAGAGCGAGCUGGAGGAGAAGGGCUCGGAGGCGGAGGCCGCCCAGGCGGACAACGAGGCGCUGCGCGGCGAGCUGGAGGAGGCGCACGCGGAGAAGGAGCGUCUGCAGGGCGAGCUGGAGGAGAAGGGCUCGGAGGCGGAGGCCGCCCAGGCGGACAACGAGCGCUGCGCGGCGAGCUGGAGGAGGCGCACGCGGAGAAGGAGCGUCUGCAGGGCGAGCUGGAGGAGGCGCACGCGGAGAAGGAGCGUCUGCAGGGCGAGCUGGAGGAGAAGGGCUCGGAGGCGGAGGCCGCCAAGGCGGACAACGAGGCGCUGCGCGGCGAGCUGGAGGAGGCGCACGCGGAGAAGGAGCGUCUGCAGAGCGAGCUGGAGGAGAAGGGCUCGGAGGCGGAGGCCGCCAAGGCGGACAACGAGGCGCUGCGCGGCGAGCUGGAGGAGGCGCACGCGGAGAAGGAGCGUCUGCAGGGCGAGCUGGAGGAGAAGGGCUCGGAGGCGGAGGCCGCCCAGGCGGACAACGAGACGCUGCGCGGCGAGCUGGAGGAGGCGCACGCGGAGAAGGAGCGUCUGCAGGGCGAGCUGGAGGAGAAGGGCUCGGAGGCGGAGGCCGCCAAGGCGGACAACGAGACGCUGCGCGGCGAGCUGGAGGAGGCGCACGCGGAGAAGGAGCGUCUGCAGAGCGAGCUGGAGGAGAAGGGCUCGGAGGCGGAGGCCGCCAAGGCGGACAACGAGACUCUGCGCGGCGAGCUGGAGGAGGCGCACGCGGAGAAGGAGCGUCUGCAGAGCGAGCUGGAGGAGAAGGGCUCGGAGGCGGAGGCCGCCAAGGCGGACAACGAGGCGCUGCGCGGCGAGCUGGAGGAGGCGCACGCGGAGAAGGAGCGUCUGCAGAGCGAGCUGGAGGAGAAGGGCUCGGAGGCGGAGGCCGCCAAGGCGGACAACGAGGCGCUGCGCGGCGAGCUGGAGGAGGCGCACGCGGAGAAGGAGCGUCUGCAGAGCGAGCUGGAGGAGAAGGGCUCGGAGGCGGAGGCCGCCCAGGCGGACAACGAGGCGCUGCGCGGCGAGCUGGAGGAGGCGCACGCGGAGAAGGAGCGUCUGCAGAGCGAGCUGGAGGAGAAGGGCUCGGAGGCGGAGGCCGCCCAGGCGGACAACGAGACGCUGCGCGGCGAGCUGGAGGAGGCGCACGCGGAGAAGGAGCGUCUGCAGAGCGAGCUGGAGGAGAAGGGCUCGGAGGCGGAGGCCGCCAAGGCGGACAACGAGGCGCUGCGCGGCGAGCUGGAGGAGGCGCACGCGGAGAAGGAGCGUCUGCAGAGCGAGCUGGAGGAGAAGGGCUCGGAGGCGGAGGCCGCCAAGGCGGACAACGAGACGCUGCGCGGCGAGCUGGAGGAGGCGCACGCGGAGAAGGAGCGUCUGCAGAGCGAGCUGGAGGAGAAGGGCUCGGAGGCGGAGGCCGCCAAGGCGGACAACGAGGCGCUGCGCGGCGAGCUGGAGGAGGCGCACGCGGAGAAGGAGCGUCUGCAGAGCGAGCUGGAGGAGAAGGGCUCGGAGGCGGAGGCCGCCAAGGCGGACAACGAGACUCUGCGCGGCGAGCUGGAGGAGGCGCACGCGGAGAAGGAGCGUCUGCAGAGCGAGCUGGAGGAGAAGGGCUCGGAGGCGGAGGCCGCCAAGGCGGACAACGAGGCGCUGCGCGGCGAGCUGGAGGAGGCGCACGCGGAGAAGGAGCGGGUUUUUCAAGCGUUGUCAAGGGAGGCGGGUGAUCGUAUGA